AUGUCUCUGUCUCUGUGGUGUGAGGAGGUGGAAGACAUCAAGGGUCAGGACCAGAGCCAGACUGAGGCACAAGGCCAGGGCCACAUCAUGGGCUCGCCUCAGCUGCGGGCCGCCUGGGACCCCACAGUGUCCGGGCAUCGUGUGAUCCAGAGGCUGCUUCAUGUGGAGGAGAGGUACAUGCCCUCCAUGCUCUACAUCACCCUCAUCCAGCGGGAUCCAGAGCGCAGGGAGGAGCUCGCCAAAUGGGCCCUGGAGGUGUGUUGUGAGUGCGGCUGUGAUGAAGCAGUGUUCCCCCUGUCUGUCUCUCUGAUGGACAGGUUCCUGUCUGACUCUUUGUCUCUACCUGUCUCACCGUACUGCCUGGCUGCCGGCUGCAUCCUCAUCGCCUCCAAACUCACGGAGUGUGACAACAUCACCGCCGAUACUCUCUGUGCUGCAGCUGAAUACAGCUUUCAGCCUUCCAACCUGCGGGAAAUGGAACGUGUCAUCCUCGCCACCCUCCGAUGGGAUACAGCAGCAGUGACUCCGCAGGACUUUCUCCCUCAUUUUCUUGCCUCCGUGGAGGAGACAGGAGACGGAGACAGUAGUGACUCAGAGGAGGGUCUGCUCCCCACCCUGCGGCGGCACAGCGACACGCUAGCCGCCAUGUGUGCCUGUGACUCCCGUUUUCUGGGAGCACCACCAUCACUCGUUGCUGCAGCAUCACUGAACUGUGCACUGCAAGGUCUGGGCAACAAGGGCCCCACUCACCUGGCAGUUAUGAGUGAAGCCCUGGCGGAGCUCUGCCAGACUGACCUGGCAGUGCUGCAGUGCUACAGUGAGAUGAUUGAAUAUGCCCUCCGACAGCGGCUGAGGAGUGGGCUUCAGCAGGGCCCCAUGGAGAAAGAUGAAGAGGUGGAGAACGAGAGGGCUGGGACACCUACUGACAUGAGAGAGAUUGAUUUCUAA